GUUUGUCUUAAGCUACACAACCUAAAUUUGCUGUUUUCAAACAUUCCUUUGUGGCUUCUCUGUCUAUGAUUAAAAAAAAAAAAAACACGUUGUCACUGUCAUGGCUAGUAGGCGUAGCGACUCAGGUACUGGAACCCGGAAGGAGACUCGGCAGGCAGUGAGGUGAGUAAUAAUGACGUUUCAUAAGAUAGUCAGGAUAUUGUUGAGUUCCAGAAUCUUUCCAGGUAGCCCAAGGUGUGGUUGAAGGGUCUUGCUGGCAGCAACCGCGUGAUCCGAGAUGGAGCCAGAGAUCGUCAGGGUGAGACGGCGAGAGAUGAACCGUAACCGGAUUCUGACAUUUGAAACCAAGAACCCAGUAGAACUUGCAGAGCGCCUUCGUGCAGUCUGCGGGAAUCAGAGCAACGCAUAUGCCCGUCUGCUGGAGUACCGCCUCAAUGCUCUGUGUGGCCUGUGGGGGGCGCAAUGGCAGCUGGCUUUGGAGGAGCAGCAGAAACGGGAGGGAACCGGAAGGGCUGACGAGGAGACCUUAGCCUUGCUCAAAAGACAAGGUCUGCUCCAGCAACCCGAACAGGCUCCCUUCACUUCCCGCGUUGGCCUGCUGUUAGUCUUCCCCCUUCUUCAGUCCCAAACUCGCAGCGACCCGGCGCUCUGCGGGGUCACGGCUGAAGUCCUCCUGUCCUGCCUGCGGGAUUGCCAGCCUCUCAGCCUCAGCAAAGAACCCUCCGACUGUCUCAAUGGGCUGGAGGGACUCCUGUGCUCCUGGCUGGAAGAUGGCGCUCAGGAGUCAGGCCAGCCUCACGGGCAGGGACGUUCACAGGCUCUCCACACACAGAGGCAGAGGGAAAAUGCUGCUGCUGCUCUAGUGGCUCUUGCAUGUGCCAGGUUGACAUUCUAUUCAAAGUUUCUUAGUUUUUUUUCUCUAGUAUGUAUUUCUUCUUUUUUACAGAACAAAUUCAUCCUUCUUAAAAGACCUACGCCGAUCAUUUUUUUAAUCUAUUGUAAAAGUUUCCCAGUGGUCUUUUAAUCAUGA